GCGGGAGUCUGUAGGUAGCAGCACUACCGCUCCCUGGUCGCCAUUCCUUCCUCCUUCAGUGUCUAUACCACUCCGUCCUGGUGUGUAUAUCAAGUCUCUUGUGAUCGCGUGUGUAUCUCAUCCGUGUACAGUGCUGUUCGUGUGUGGCUUAAUGCUAUCUAUCUGUGUAUAUAGACCACCUGUCAGAGGAUAAAGAAGGAUGCCUUCGAGCGGAAGCGGGGGCGAAGACACCCCCAGGGAGGAGUCCUACCUGAUGCACCGGGACUCGGCCUUCGUGCCCGUGCUGCCCUCUAGGGGGAUGUACGGGCCGCAGUCGGAGCUGGUGGCGAUGAUGGCGGAUAAGAGGAAGGAGCUGGCGCUGCACGCGGCGCUGCUUCCGCCGCCCCCCGGCUACCCCCUCUUCCCCGCCGCGCCCCCCUUCCCCUUCCCGCCGCCCCCCGGCCCGGCCGCCAUGUUCCCCUCGGCCCAGGCCAACCGGCUGCUGAGGGCCCCCGGGCGGGCGGCGCGGCCCAAGAAGCAGUUCAUCUGCAAGUUCUGCAACAGGCAGUUCACCAAGAGCUACAACCUCCUCAUCCACGAGAGGACGCACACCGACGAGAGGCCGUACUCCUGCGACAUCUGCGGCAAGGCCUUCAGGCGGCAGGAUCAUCUCAGGGAUCACAGGUACAUCCACAGCAAGGAGAAGCCGUUCAAGUGCGGAGAGUGCGGGAAAGGUUUCUGCCAGUCUCGGACCCUGGCGGUCCACAAGAUCUUGCACCUCGAGGAGUCUCCCCACAAGUGUCCUGUCUGCAGCAGGUCCUUCAACCAGAGGUCCAACCUCAAGACCCACCUCCUCACUCACACGGACCACAAGCCUUACGAGUGCGGAUCCUGCGGAAAGGUCUUCCGUCGCAACUGCGACCUCCGACGACACGCGCUGACCCACGCUGUCGGCGACAUCCCUCCGGAACUUCCCGACUCACCGGAGAAUCUGACGCAUCGCCCUGACGAUCGGCGGUCGCCAUCUCCAUCUCCGGGGCCAUCAUACAGGAGGCGGUCUCCGUCUCCUCAGACGCAGUGUCAUCAUCCGACAGAGAACUAUACAAUGCGUCCGCAGCUUUCGGUGCGUAAGGAUCUGCACGCACCCUCGACUUCCAUGUUCCGACGGCCGGAUCCUCCGCCGCCCGAUCCUCCGGCAUGGAUCAAGCGAGAAGAGCAGCAGCCGAGCACUUCCACUCAGCAGGAGCAGACGAAGCAGCAACCCCCUCCGCCUCCUCCCCCUCCCCCGCCGAAGAAGGGGUUCAGCAUAGAGGACAUCAUGAGGCGCUGACGGCAAGAAAUUACUUGGGGAUUGUGCUAUGUACAUAGGAACUUGGGUGAUCUCAAGCGCGGACUCUGUAGCGCAACAAAAGUGAUUAUUAUGGAAUAGAAUUUUUAUGUAUAGUUUCUUUGAUUAGAUUUUAUAAUUUGUUAAAGUGUAAAUAUGAUAUUCAUGUUAUACAUUUGGACAGUGAAGGUACUAUUUCGCUGGUACUGCCCACCGCAGUGAUUGUUGGCAGUUGAACAGUUGAACUGUUCGAUAAUCCAGGUAUGUCGUCAUAUCCAGACUGCUCUUUCUGAUCGCUGAAGAAGUAGUGAAGCUGUUAGAAGCUUUUAGGUUAUGUUAUCAAAUCGAAAGAAUUCUAAUGAUUUGCAGCCAUCUUGAUAUGUUUCAUUACCUUUGUUAUAAUCAAGCCAAACACAAAUAAAUUCAAAAUUGUUUGAAAUUUAAACAAAACUAGAUACUGUCGUGAUCAUAGAAAUUUCAUUACCAUUUCUUUUGAUUCUUGUAUUGAAGUGAAAGAAAGGGAUUGGGAGAAAAAAAGAACGAUUUGACCGCUUAAUGGUGCAUUAUUUUUAGAAACUAGCAAAGCAAUCUCUAGACAUCUUGCAGAUAGUAAAUAAAGGGAUUUAUAUAGUUAUAUUUUAGUUAAUUUUAGUUUUUUGGCCAAUUUCUAUGGCCCCGGCUGUAAAAUGCCUUUGUAGAAUUGAAGUAACAAUAAUAUUUUAUAGAGGGAUUCAAAUAUACCUAAAUCAAACUAACUUUUAAUGAUGAGCAAGAUACCAUCACUUCGUAGAAGGUGGGCUGAUUUACAUUUUAUAGUACAGACGUGGCCCAACCUUAUUAUUCAACGGCUGCGGUGAGCAGUACUACAGAAAUUCAAAAGCAUAAACGGUCGGCAGUAAAUGCUGCGAAAUUGUACCUUAAUAUCUACACCUGUUGUCAUAAAAUGUAGAUAACGGCUGUGCAAUAUGAUUGACGAGCUAGAAGUCAAGAUUAUGUAUCUUCAGCCUUUAAAAGGACUGAGAAUUCCCAACAUAAAUUAUCUAUAAUUGACGUCACUAUAUGUAACAGUCAAAAGUGAUAUUUUAACAAUAAAUCCAUUUAUCUUUCAUGGUUUUGAAUACACUUAUAGAUAGAAAGUGUGGUAUUUUGGAUAAUAUUUUUUUACGACUACUACAGAGAAGUAAUACAACUAUACAUGUCUAUAAGAAUAACUAGUUCAUAUAUUAUUAUUGUAAUAAAAAACAAAUGACUAAAUGAAUGAGGUGAUAAAUAGAAGAAUACAAAUUUAUUGUUAUAUUUGUAUUAGUUACCACAGAAUUUUAUUUGGUGGAAAAAUAUAUUUUGUAAUAUACACAUAUAUGUAAGUAUAUUUUUUAAAUGACACAUAAACUUUUGUGCAAUGAAUUAUAUGAUAGAUUUCGUUAUUAAUAAAUAAUUUAUAUGAAAAUGGCUGUUAUGUUUCUAUGAUGUUCCUUGGUGACGUGUAAUACUUAUAUGCAUAUAGGAAUAUCGAGCAAUGAUACACUGAUUUUUCUUUUGUAGAUUUAUUAUAAUAAUAAAAAAAAGGAAGAAAUUUUGUAUGAUUUGUAGCAUUGAGAAUAAAAUAUUUAAUUGUACAUUAUGCAUGUUUAUUUUAGAUGAUAUUUUUCUGUUAGUGUUUCAUCAGAUUUUAUUCUGAAAAUUCUAUUGUUAGUUAUGUAAGAUGUAAAUAAUUUUAUAAGUGUUGGAUGCACAAUCUGUUUAGUUUACUGUUGUAUUUCAUUUAUAAAAUAAAUUUUUAUAAAUA